AUGUCCAAUUUGGAGAAAGUUACUGACCCCUUUGAUGUGGCAGAAUCAAACAAGUCCUACAGUGAGGCUAAAGAGGAAAAGGAGAUGGAAGCAGAUCUUCCUAUAUUAAUUGAGGACUCAGAUGAGGAAGGAGAGGCUAUGGAGUUGGGGGAAAUUAAGGAUGACGUCAAACUUUUGCAAGAGGUCCCCCAGGAACUCAGUUCUCCUGGUAGUCCUUUAACGGUAACUUUGCCAAGGUCUGCUGUGGACCUGGCCAAAAAACUCUCUACACUUUCUGAGGCCAGUCUUCAACGCAUUGGGGACUUUCUUCCAUUUCUGGAGAGUGAGAAAAAUGCUCAAAUAGGGAGGGAUGGUCUUAAAGCUGAGCUUGAUUGUCUUCAAAAGGAAUCUCAACAGUACGCUGAGCACAUUUCUUCUCAAAAACGUAUUUUGCAUAAAUACGUUUUAGAGGAGAAAGAGAUUUCUGAGAAGUGGGAGAAUUUAGAAGAGUGUGGGGAGGUCAUGGCAGAGCUUCAUGAACAAGAGGAAAGCCAAAUGCUCCAAGUGGAGGCUUCCAUCAUGAGGCGUCUGAUGGAGCGUCAUUCGGGCGUUUUUCAAAGCGCUCUAAGGCAUUGCUAUCAUCCCUUCAGAGGGAGCCUGUUUGAGCCAGAGGAUCCAAUCAGUUACAAGCGCAAUGUUUUCAAGCACUUUGGUUUGGACAUACAAAAGCUGGACAAGGACUCAAAGCAUUUUCUUCAGGCCCUCUGUGGGUAUUUUGAUGAACUUUCUUGUGCCUUUGAUGCACCAGUCCUGGCUUUGGGAGCUUCUGCUCCCCCUGCAUUAGCACAGGGGAGUAAUACGUAUUUGACUGAAAAGAUGGAUCUUGACUUGCAAGGGGUUCCUCUCAUUCCCCUUAGGAAUAAUGGGGUUCCAAUUUUGAGUCAAAGAGGGCGUGAAAGCGCCGGUCAUGCAUUUGAGAUGGCCUUGUAUAAUGGUUUAAAGACUAAAAUUGGGAAGAGGCAAGGGGCUCCAGGUGGUAAGGGAUGGUGGGCAGUACCGACUCCGGUUAGACAUCUUGCUGCUUUUGAUAGGGAUCCCCCUGCACUUCCUCAUCAUCAUUCUACAGAUCAUGGUCCAAAGGAAUGUUUUGGGAACGGACCUUUCCACAUCAACCCGGCGGUUAUUGGAUCAGAAGGUGAUCCUUUCAGACAGAUGGACAAGAUUUUAAGUCAGAAGAUGUUCCUGGAAGUCUUCUCUGUGGAUUCCUUGUGCUUGGGCCCCAAGAGAGCUGUGUCUGGACGUUUUGUCGUGGGAUCAUCAGUUCAAAUUGGGAAUUCCUCUCAGAGGAAAUUUAUAAUAUCAAAAGUAGGGGACAAGGCCUGGGUUGUGGGAGAGGGAGGUUUGGAGUUUGCGGAUAUGGCAUCUCUGUCUCGUUAUGUUUAA